GUGACCUUUAGAAAAUGAUAUUUGAACCUUAUUAUCCAGUACUUAGUCUACCCACCAACUCACCAAUGGUUUCUUUCCUCUUCUCUUCUUCCUUCCUUUUAAUAUAAAUUAUAGUCAUCAAUCAUUUUCUCUCUCUAAAAAUAUUUGACAGCUAAAAUAUCCAAGAUCAAAUAAUGGUUAUGGAGAAAAGCCACAGUAGAAAGAAUCAACACCGAGAAAAACUUCUCUUGAAGUUGGAGGAUGGCGCCACUAAUGAUGUUUAUAACGACGGUGGCGCCACCCCCGUUCUUUUACUUAGCGUUUUCAUUGCCGUUUGUGGCUCUCUCGUUUGCGGUUGUGCUUUGGGCUAUAGCUCCCCUGUACAGUCUGGAAUCAUUGCUGACUUGAAACUCUCAACAGCAGAUUAUUCCCUCUUUGGAUCAAUGUUGACUGUUGGAGGUUUGUUAGGUUCACUAGUCUGUGGUAAACUUACAGACUACUUUGGUCGUCGAGGAACUAUGGGUUUAUCUGACAUACUCUUCCUCACUGGAUGGGUUGCAAUCGCAUUUUCUAAGGAUGCUUGGUCACUUGAUGUUGGUAGACUAUCUGUGGGUUGUGCUAUGGGGCUUACUGUUUAUGUGGUUCCAGUGUACAUUGCAGAAAUUACACCAAGAAAUCUUCGCGGUGGAUCUGUGCUUCUUCAUCAGUUGAUGUUAUGCUGCGGAAUAGCUCUAGCUUACAUCUUGGGACUUUUAGCAAAUUGGCGCGUCUUAUCUUUGAUUGGUGCUGUUCCGUGCAUCAUACAGUUUUUGGGCUUAUUCUUCAUUCCAGAGUCUCCUAGGUGGUUGGUAAAGGUUGGUCAUGAAAAAGGUUGUGAGUCUACUUUACGAAGACUUAGGGGAAAGAACUUCGAUAUAGCUCACGAAGCAGCUCAAAUCAAAGACUGUGCUGAAACUAUUGAUCAAGUCUCGCAAGAUAGCUUCUUCGACGUGUUCCAAAUGAAGUAUGCUUUUGCACUUACAAUAAGUCUUGGGCUCAUGGCACUAGCAUCAUUUGGUGGAACGAAUGGGAUUUUGUUCUAUGCAACUACAACAUUUGAAUCAGCCGGGGUUUCAGGCAAAUUGGGUACCAUUGCAAUGGCUCUCAUCCAGCUUCCCCCUACUUUUCUUGGUGUAUUUUUGAUGGAUAAAAGUGGAAGACGACCACUUCUACUGUUUUCUGUUACUGGAAUGGGAACAGCUUGUCUAUCAGUGGCGCUGUCUUUCUUGAUGAAGGAUUAUGGAUGGAUGCCACACUUCAGUCCCUAUUUGGCCCUAUUUGGCAUCCUGAUUUUCUCAGCAACAUUCCCUGUAGGAAUGGGAGGGAUACCAUUUAUUAUAAUGUCAGAGAUAUUUCCAAUCAACGUAAAAGGGGCUGCUGGAAGUCUAGCGACUAUAGUCAGCUGGUCGAGUGCUUGGGUUGUCUCCUACUCAUUUAACUUCAUGAUGGAUUGGAGUUCAUCAGGCACAUUCUUCAUAUUUACAAGCAUCAAUGUAUUGGCUUUGGUCUUUGUGGCGAAACUUGUUCCGGAGACAAAGGGACGUACAUUGGAGGAAAUACAGGAAUCACUCACUCAUACUCUGUAUUAGAAAUGUACAAGAUAUAUAUAGGAGAAUAUACAUGUACAAUCAAAUAAAAAGGGCUGCUAGGACGAAUUUGGGGAUUGAUUGUGACUUGUGGAAGGUUGUUAGGGUGUAUGUGCUAGGAAUUUGGUAUGCAUUGAAGAAAUGAACAUGUUAUGCCUUAAAUAUGUAUUAGUUUGUACCUGAUGCAUCUAUUUCUUGUUGUUUCUCUUCUUUUUAGCUAAAUCCUGUAAUUACAAAUGCAUUCAGUGAUGAAUUUAUCUAUUAAUGAAAAUAUCAAUUUUUUUUUUAUGUGA